AUGAAGACUCAAUUAAUCCAAAUAAUUAUAUCUAUUUACCUUUUAAACGCCUCCAAUGCAUCACCUAAGACCUCAGCAGAGACUGGAAAUGAUAUUGAAAACUUUCUACUCAAUGGAAACUCGGUUAAAGAACUUUCGCCGAAACCCCCCAGCGAUGACAAAAAGGGCGACAAGUUCAUGGAGGACCUGAUUCAAGUACAGCGCACCUAUCGGGAUUUGAAGGAGAAAUGGCAGAGGAUGAUGAAGGAGAAGACGCAUGUUAUACAGAUGGCAAGCUCCACCACGACGGCUACUCCUCCUCCAUCUUCUCCAACGACGACGACUUCCAUUACGACGUCUUCUGAAAUCCAAGAAAUCGAUGUGGACGUCUUCGAGGCGCCAGACAAGUUUCAGGACAUCUCAGGAGGCGCUGAAUUUGAUGAUGAGGCAUUUGUGGAUAUUUCUGCCACGUCGUCACCUCCAAAAAUUUCCGAAUUGGACGAGAUUCAGACGGCUAUAAAGGAUGCGUUGGGUCCUAGCACGACAACUACAGUAACCUCUCCAGCUACAGUAUCACCUCCAGCUACAGUAACCCCUUCCACUACAGUAAACAGUAUUCAAAUGGACCAAACCCCCAUGACAAUUAGGAUGGAUCAGACUACACCUAAGAAUCAGCAGGUUCAAAGGAACCAACAAGCUCCAGAACUCACCAUGCUCAAUGUGCCACGUCAUCAUAAUCCUUCUGCCAGCGUCGCCACCCCAUGGAGACACCAUAUGGUACCAGAGGAUCUUGCCCAUGAUCCAUUCGAGGCUUCUCAACACACAACAUCAUCUGAAGCCCCCACGCCAUCUGAACCCUCCACGACUACCAAAAUCCCUCAGCACAUCCUUCCGACGUCUUCAUUCCACUCAUCUGGAGCUAAUCCUGACGCCCAGCCAGCCACAAACCUUUUUAGACACCCGGACCCUGUGAAAAUCCCAUUUUUUGAAAGCCGAGGGAUUCAGAUGAACCAGAAGACGACGUCAGCGCCAAUGAGACCGACGACGCCGGAAUCUUUUAGAAGUAGUGAGGAGAUUCAGAAUCUGGAAGACGUCAGGGAUUCAGAAGCUGACGUCAAGAAUUCAGAUGGCGUCAGGGAUUCAGAAGUCAACCUCAAGGAUUCAGACGACGUAAAAUCUCCAGAACUCCAAGAGAAACUAGAGGAAGUUGAAGCCUCUGACGAUGGCUUGACACUUUCUGAGGAUCUGGCGGAAAGUUCUGAUGACGUGGAAGAAGAGGUGGAUUCAGAAGACGUCCCAGAAGACGUGGAAGAAGACGUUGAAGUCUCCACGCCACGUGGCAUCGAGAACAGCGAGGACUAUGUGGAGGAGACGUUCAGCAAGGAGAUCAAUUCGACGUCUUCUGAAGUUUCUGGAGUCCCAGAAUCCGUUGAAACUGGAGAAGCGCCUCCAGAAGCUCCAGAAUUGACUGCAAUCGAGAAUUUCGGAGAUUUGGAUUCCCCACCAGGCUCCGCUCACCGACCGAAGGCAUUUGGCAGUGUGCCAAGCUUCCAGGGACCUCAAGGUUUGCCCACAGGACUCUCUGGAUCCUUUGGAUCGCCUCCUGGACCUCAAGCCCCGCCCACAUUUGGCAACGCUCCUUCUGGAUCUUCACUGGAAGGUUUAGGAUCAACUGUAUCCUUUGGCUCCCCACCUCAGGCCCCGCUCACUCCUGACCGCGCCGCUUCUGGAUCUUUUGGACCAGGACCAAGACCUUCUGGACCCUUUGGAUUGCCUCCAGGCCCUCACAUCCCGCCCACUUUCAACCACGCGCCUUCUGAACCGUCUAAUGAAGCUACAGGACUCUCCGGAUCCUUUGGGUCGCCUCGAGGACCUCAAGCUCCGCCCCCUGUUGACCACGCCUCUUCUGGACCGUCCAUGGAAGGUACUGGACACUUCGGCUCUCCACCAGGACCUCAAGCCCCGCCCACUUUUGGCCAGGCCUCUUCUGGAUCGUUUGGAUCAGGUCCAGGACCUCAAGCCCCGCUUCCUACACCUCAAGCCCCGCCCACUGUGCACCACGCCCCCUUGAGACCGGCCUUCGGCAUUGGACGAGCACCACCUGGCUUCUCCGAACCCAUCGGACCCACCCUACCACCUUCGGCCCGCCCACAAAAACCUGGAACACCGUACCCGACACUGGUAGAUCAAGUGGAGAACUUUUUCAACGAAGGAGAAGAAAUAGAAGAUACUGGAGCAUCUAGUGCUCUUGGAUCGUUUGGUUCGGCAGAGAAUGGGCAAAUUGAUGGCCAGAAAAUGCCGUUGGAUGUUCCAGUUUCACAAAAUAUUCAAGUUAUGGAUGACCCAAAAGUUCCGAACCAUAGGACAGCUUUGCAAAAUUCGCAAGUCGGAAUUUUCGGGACCAAACUACGAACUAUAAACGAGAGGGCUUAUAAACCGCCCAUGUUUCCGGCGUCGUUGAGCUCGGAGGUUGUGAAAAUGCACCAAUUGGGGAACCCAUAUGUUCAAAGGACUACAGUACCACCGAUUGGACCACAUGGGUUGAGAAUGGAAGUGAACAGUGUAGAUGAGGAGUUGCCGGCGUGGAAUGGAGUUGAAAAAAACCGAGGAAUCAUGAACAAGGCUCGGCGUGAGUACCAGAAGGAGUUUGAGCAGCAAGUCCGAGAUGUCCGAAUGAUCGAUGAGGAAAUAAAUAAAAUUUCGAAAAUCAAUGAUGAGGGUAGAUCAAAGAAUACAGCUCAGCGAUGCUCACAAGCCUAUGCUCAUACUUUGAGUCUCCCUCAAGUCCAAAAAAUGUCCAUGUCCCUCGGCCUUGGUGACGUGGCGAAUGUGAUUCAGAAGGCGUCAGAUUUGGUCGAACAUCAGGAGAAUGAUAUUGCUCAACUCGAACUAGACCUUGAGGAGAAGCGAAAACUAAUCGCGAAAAUCGAGAUUCUCCUCUCGCUUGCCGAAUCUAGAGCACUGCUAUUCGACUUGCUUAAUGAGCAAAAGAAGAUUGCUGAGAAAAUGGAGAAUCAUGCGUUGGAUUUGUUGCAGAAGAACAACUUCCGCCAACAUACCCCAUCUCCAUUCUCCGCUGCCAGUGAUAUUUCUGAACUAUCCUCAGCGGUUCAGCAAGUCCUUAACCUUCAAAAAGCCUCAGCUGCAUCGAAAAAAGGAUGGUCCAUGAUGAAAAGAAAGCUACACAAAAAGAGUAAAUUGCCGCUGAAAAUCGAAGUGAUUGAUCCGUCGGAUGUGGUGAUAAGGAAUAGUUUUAUCGAGUUUAACAAGAAGGCUGGACAUUUACAAGAGACUGCGGAAGUUGUCGAGCCCGUCCUCUCUGUUCCAUUCGUCUCCCAAAACGACCAAUUUGGCCGCCAACCAGUGGCCGUGGCCGUUCACAGAAGAACUAUUCCAAUGGCACCGCCCACAAUGAGUCCAACGAUUUUGGUCCGCCGACCCCGUCCAUCCCAACUAGCCGCCAUGCACCUACCAGUCAAAAAACCAUUAUCAGUUGCUUCGAAAAAUCAAGAAACCGAUACGGUCCAUGAACUGAUUGAUAUGCUUCAUGAGGAUAUUGUGAAACUACCGGCUGAGGAGGAGGAAAAAGUUUGUAAACGAGUUCAAUGUGAUUUUGAGAAAGCCGACCUCUGCAACUAUGAAUCAUCCCACGAUGAAACUACCAGAAGAUUCUGGAAAACCCAACACCACCAAAAACGACAAAAACGGGCGUCCCAAUUUCCGGAUGACUUGCUCGCGGAGCCCUCGAACAUUGCUGAUGACCUUCUACCAUAUACCUUCAGAGCAUGGAGCAUAUGGGCGGGGCGAAGAGCCGAGAAACAGAAGCAGAUUGAUAUUGGACCCACCUACUCCUCGCGAAACCUUCAUUUCGCUGCUGUCUUUCUGGAACCACAACAAGCUGGAAUCUUAUCAAUUCCUCUUAUCUUAUCACCAACUUCCACAAAAAUCAGAUUCCGAUUAUUUGAAGGAACUCGAGGAAUCAGAUUACGCAUCUGUUGCGACCGUUACUGUCCACUGGAGACUGAGCAAGGACUUUAUAGGGGUCAUAGGAAUUGGUUGAGGAAAACAGUGACGUGUCCGGCGAAUACGCAGACGCUUUCAUUCGAAUGCCUAAACGAUGGUCCGGAUCGUGGAGCAUGUGGAAUCGACGACAUUUUUGUGGACUCUCGAAGAUGUCACAAAUUUUUCAAUGGCUCGGAUCAGAAUUAA